GUGUUGUGUUCGGUGCAGGUUCCGGGGCGGCGGGCUGAGCUCUGUGUUCACGUUCCGGAGACUUGCAUAAGCCAGGAGAUUGCUGAAUACACCGUACAAAGCCCGGAGAGGAAUAGGAUACGGAGGGGCCCCGGGGAGCCACACUGCCUGUACUGAGGGGCCCUUGGACUUUGCACUCGGCUUCCCCUGUACCGAGGGGCCACUGAACUCGGCUAGCCCUUUACUGAGGGGCCCCUGAACUCGGCUAGCCCUCUACUGAGGAGACCCUGAACUCGGCUAGCCCUUUACUGAGGGGCCCCUGAACUCGGCUAGCCCUCUACUGAGGAGACCCUGAACUCGGCUAGCCCUUUAUUGAGGGGCCCCUGAACUCGGCUAGCCCUUUACUGAGGGGCCCCUGAACUCUGCCACCCCUGUACUGAGGGGCCCCUGAACUCUGCCACCCCUGUACUGAGGGGCCCCUGAACUCGGCUACCCCUGUACUGAGGGGCCCCUGUACUCUGCUCCCCCUCUACUGAGCAGGGCCCCUGAACUCGGCUAUACCUGUACUGAGGGGCCCCUGCACUCUGCUACCCCCUGUACUGAGGGGCCCCUGCACUCUGCUACCCCCUGUACUGAGGGGCCCCUGCACUCUGCUACCCCCUGUACUGAGGGGCCCCUGCACUCUGUUCCCCCUGUACUGAGGGGCCCCUGCACGCUGUUCCCCCUGUACUGAGGGGCCCCUGCACGCUGUUCCCCCUGUACUGAGGGGCCCCUGCACUCUGUUCCCCCUGUACUGAGGGCCCCCUGCACUCUGUUCCCCCUGUACUGAGGGGCCCCUGCACUCUGUACUUUGCUGUAUCUAUAUUGAGGGGCCCCAAGACUCGGCUCAGUUUGCCCCGAGGUCCCCAGAUUUUGGGGUGUCCUCUGAUUGCCCCAGUAGAGGGUAUCUCCCCCCCCCCCCCACCAUGGAGGGCCCAGAGCCAGCGGAGGGGGAGCACGUCCUGAACCUCUCCCACCUCGGCCUGGACAACCUGAACCUGGAGCAGAUGACCGAAGAUCGGAAGAAAGAGGUCCACCACCUGCUGCUGCCCCACAACCGCCUGGUGGUCCUCCCCCCUACUGUGGCCACCUUCUCCCAGAUCUCCCACCUGGACAUCAGCAACAACACCAUGGCCUACAUUGGGGAGGAGAUCCUGGGGCUCACCAGGCUGAAGACCCUGAUGGCCAAGAACAACCGGCUGGAUGAGUUCUCCUUACCCAAAGAGAUCGGAACCAUGAAGCUGGAGGUGCUGAACCUCAGCGGGAACCAGUUUGAGGAGAUCCCCAGCCAGAUCCUCCAGAUGCAGACUCUGAAUACCCUGUCCAUGGGGGGCAACCGGCUCAAGAGCAUCCCGGCCGAGAUCGAGAACAUGAUCAGUCUGGAGUUCCUUUAUCUGGGUGGAAAUUUCAUCUCCCACAUCCCGCCGGAGAUCGCCAACCUGCCCUACCUGAGCUGCCUGGUCCUGUGCGACAAUCGCAUCCAUAGCGUCCCGCCACAGCUGGCACAGGUCCACUCUCUGCGGUCGCUCAGCCUUCACAACAACCUCCUGACCUUCCUCCCGAGGGAAAUCCUCAGUCUGGUCCACCUGCAGGAGCUCAGCCUGCGCGGGAACCCGCUGGUAGUGAGGUUUGUGCGGGAUCUGACCUACACCCCGCCCACGCUGCUGGAGCUGGCCGGACGCACCAUCAGGAGCCGGGGACUCCCAUACACCCCGUGGGAGCUUCCAGAGAACCUCGUCCGAUACCUGGACCUGUCCAGCAAAUGUCCCAACCCCAAGUGUGCAGGUGUGUACUUCGACUCGUGCGUGCGUCAGAUCAAGUUUGUGGAUUUCUGUGGGAAGUACCGCCUCCCCCUCAUGCAUUAUCUCUGCUCCCCGGAAUGCUCCUCCCCCUGCAGCUCCGCCUCCUCCCAAAGCGAAUCGGACUCGGAGGACGAAGCCAUGGUGGCGGCGCGCAGGAUGCAGAAAGUACUUUUAGGCUGAAGGCGCGGGGUUACUCAACGAAGACCGCCAAAAGCGUUUGUCUUCCAUGGACAGAAAUGUGGACGCCAUGCGGGCCUCCGCUCUGGACUAAUGAUGCGGAGCUCGCUGGCUGUCCUUAAAGGGCGCAAUAUGGGCGCUGCGCCUGCUGGACCUUCGCUACAACCUUAAGUUUAUCUCGCGGAACAUGUGUCGCGGCGUGUCGGCCAUUUUGACUGUACACUGGCCAGCAGUCUGCCGCUGUUUGCCCAAAGAUUGCUGAUCUAUUGGUUUACUUUAAUGGAGAAAGUAGAAGGACUGAAAACGAUUGGACAGAUUACCCGCUGGGCACGCCACGCACAUCUGGACUCUCAUAAACGAUUGAAUAUUUCUGUUUUCUGACGGAAUAAUGACGUUUUUUUUGUGUGUAGAAUGGGAAAAAAAAACUGCCAAUGACAUUUCAUCGUACAAACAUCGCUCGCCGUUUUUGUCUUUUUUUUUCUGUGCGAUGUUUGUAGUCUCCAGCAUUUCCUAAUUGGACCGGGUCUUUAUAAAUCUUAACAAAUAGACCUUAUAUUAAUGUCUAUGCGCUGCGCCUGUCCGAAGGUGACUUGGCGUGACCCGGCGGCUUCCAUGAUGUUGUAGUGGUUAAAACUGCCAUUGGGGGGUAGUGCUGAAAGAUGGCCGCUCCCUUGUAGGGGAGCUCACUUUAAUACGAUAGUGCCGUGGACAUUAAGGAGAUGCUUGGGUAUUAAUUAUUAUCCACAGAGCCUAAGGUGGCACUAAACUCUAAUUUAAUUAACAAUACUUAAAAAAAAAUAAAAAAGUAUACAAGUUCUGUU